ACCUGUCCCAUAAGCACCAAAUUACACAUCACUCCUGGAAACAAAACAUCUGGACAACAAAAGGCUCGGAGGAGCUUAAAUUGAGGCAGCUGAGAGGAAACACGGCAGACAGACAGAUCUCUUCAACAUGAAUCCUGCUUUGGUGCUGUUUGCGUCUCUGCUGGCUGCAGCUGGGGCUCAGUCUCACGACCACCAAGACAUGGGCUGGGUCAAUGGAUACCGGCAGAGCUUCAACUUCCAGUGUCCCCACGGAGAGGUCCUCGUGGCUGCCAGGAGCUACUACAGCGAGGCGGAUGGCAUGGACCGUCUGUGGACGUUUGAGUGCCAGCCCACACCUGAGGGUCUUGGGGAGCCGAGUGACUGCUGGUGGGACGACAUCAACCGAGCUGGGUUGGAGUGGACAUCGACAUGCACUCGAAACGGGCUGGUGGCAGGAGUACAGAGCAAGUACUUUGAAUCUGUUCUGGACCGGGAAUGGCAGUUCUACUGCUGCUUCUACAAAAAACGCUGUCCCUACUCCUGCAUGAAGACCAACGACAUUCCUGAAUACCACAGAGAGGAGGGGGAGAUGGUGGUUCCUAGUUAUGGCUACUUCGUCCGGGGUGCCCAGACCACUUUCAGUGGAGUGCUGAGAGAUCGGCAGUGGAAGUACAUCCUGUGCAGGUGGACAGACUUUGACUGUGAAUUUGAGAAUCUAUAGAUUGUAUGCAGCAUUUUUUUUAAUCCAUACAUACUUUAAACCUUAACAAAAUGUAUUUACUCCAACAUGUAAACAGAAACUGACGUCAUAUAUGGCUCUAAUACUCCAUAUUUUCAUUAAUGUACAGUGUAUAAUGGAUCAAUAGGUGUGUGUUUAAUGCUUGUAUAAUCAGUUUUUCAGUCUAGCAUGGAACAAAAUGCUCAUAUGAAUAAAGGUGUAAACAUGAACACUCAGGGUCUGCUGGGAUUCUGGACGGCUAAAGUGUUUUCAAUUAGUUGCGGGAGAAACUGGAAGUCUUUUGGCAGCAUGUGAAAGUCUCUUUCCAAAACAAACAAUUAUUUGAUGCUGUGUUCAUGCUGGUGGAAAAGGCUGCGUCAGGCUCUGCUCCAAAGUCUUUCAUUCGGAGUCACGUGAGGGCGCUGGCUGUGCAGAAUGGUCUCACCAUUUUCACGGUCAUAAAAGCAUUCAGUGUUGUGAGGUGUGACUGAUGGGGAUAUUGUCUUGGAGGCAACACUUGGAACAAUCGUGUAUUUGUUGGAAGUGAUGAGAAGCUCUUUAAGAAUCACAGACAACACGAGCUAUGCAUGAAUUGAAAAAAAGACUGCACCUGCUUUCAGUUGAUUUCACACCCUGCUUUAUUAACAUGCCUCAUUCAGUUAUACAGUGUAAUGUACUGGAACACAUGUAACUACACCAUGGGAUUAAAAGCCUCAUCCCUGA